AAAAAUAACAAGCAGCGUUGCAGGGAUUGGCGGAUUUUAAUCACGUGAUCAUUUCGUCGGAAGUUACGUCACGAACGGUAAACUCUAGGUAGCUGGUGGCUUCCUUCUUCUCAGUGCCUGUUAGCCAUUGUCGACUCUGUCCACCGGGUUACUGGAGUUUGAUAGACGAAAGCUGACAUCGUACGUUAGAUAAAAAAAGAGGGAUAGCUGAGUAAAGAGAAAGUUACUUAAAUUUGAGAUAAAACAAUAAGCUGUACAAAAUGUAUAGCAACGGUUACACACAACAAACUUCUUUCAGGCCCAGAGGAAACAGGGACUAUGGCAACAGGGGUGUAGGAGGAGGAACUUAUUGGAAUAGUCAACAACAAAAUCCAAAUAAAUUCAACAACAUGAAUAAUAAUCCAAAUAAAAAUAAACAGCAACAACAGCAGCAGCAACAGCAAUUGAAUCAACAGAAUCAGAAGAAAGCACCUGGUGAUUUACUGAAGAAACCUGACUGGGACAUGGACGCACUCCCGGCCAUUACUAAAAAUCUUUAUGUACCUCAUCCAAAUAUCAGAAGCCGUUCACCCGAUGACGUCAACAAGUAUCAUGCGGGAAAAGAAAUAACAGUGAAGGGAAACAACACUCCUCUACCGAUUCAAGCUUUUGAAGAAAGUAAUUUCCCUGAGUAUGUAAUGCAAGAAAUCUGCAAACAAGGGUUCCAAGAACCGACGGCCAUUCAAGCCCAAGGCUGGCCUAUUGCUCUCAGUGGAAGGGACAUGGUUGGUAUCGCCCAAACAGGAUCGGGAAAAACAUUAGCGUAUAUUCUCCCAGCAACUGUCCACAUCAACCACCAACCACGACUGACUCGUGGCGAAGGUCCAAUAGUUUUGGUGUUGGCACCAACGCGUGAGCUGGCCCAGCAAAUUCAAUCAGUGGCACGAGACUUUGGUUCAUCAUCAUGCAUCCGCAAUACUUGUAUAUUCGGUGGCUCACCAAAAGGACCACAGGCACGGGACCUGGAGCGUGGAGUUGAAAUCUGCAUCGCCACACCGGGACGUCUAAUUGAUUUUCUGGAAAAAGGUACCACCAAUCUGAAAAGAUGUACUUAUUUGGUAUUGGAUGAGGCCGACCGUAUGUUAGACAUGGGAUUCGAGCCCCAGAUCCGUAAAAUAAUCGAACAAAUCAGACCCGACAGACAGGUUCUUAUGUGGUCAGCGACUUGGCCCAAAGAGGUUCAAGCUCUCGCUGAAGAUUUUCUUUCUGAUUACAUUCAAAUCAAUAUUGGUUCCCUCACUCUUGCUGCCAAUCACAAUAUCCGUCAGAUUAUUGAAAUUUGCCAAGAACAUGAGAAGGAGUCUAAAUUAACAAAUUUGUUGCGUGAAAUCGGCUGUGAAAGAGGCAAUAAAACUAUAAUAUUUGUCGAGACAAAGAAAAAAGUUGAUGACAUUACGAAAGCAAUAAAGCGUGAAGGUUGGUCGGCAAUAGCCAUUCACGGUGAUAAGUCUCAGCCAGAACGUGAUUUCGUUUUAUCUGAGUUCAGAACCGGCAAAACCGCAAUUCUCGUGGCGACUGAUGUAGCAGCUCGUGGUCUUGAUGUCGAAGAUGUCAAGUACGUCGUAAACUUUGAUUAUCCAAACAGCUCUGAGGAUUACAUCCAUCGAAUUGGAAGAACGGGACGUUGCCAAAGUGCUGGUACAGCAUACGCGUACUUUACACCAAACAAUGCUCGUCAAGCUAAAGAAUUGAUAUCAGUACUUGAGGAAGCUGGCCAAGUAAUAAACCCACAAUUGUCUGAGAUGGCAAAUGCACAACGUGGUCAAUUUGGCAAGAACCGUCAACGCUGGAAUCCCGCCCGUUCCUCACCAAACAACAACCCCAACUCCAGCCCGAGAGGUAACGUCAGUCCCACUUCAAGCGGCACUUGGUCCAACAACCAACAGACCAACAUGUACCAGCAACAGCAACAACACAAUUCCUACGAUCGACAAAACAUGCAUCGUCAGCAAAACGGAUACGUGUCACGUCAGCAGAAUAAUUACCAAAACGGCUACAGCCAACACCAGCAACAACAGCAGCCACAACAACAACAUCAACGUCAAUCAAAUUCCGGUUACCAGCAAAACGGAUACCACCAGUCUGGUAACAACACGUCGCCUAAUUACCAGGGCGCCCAAAACGGAGGACAGAGAUAUCAACCACGACCAGCAUAUCAGAACAACCGUAACAUGAAUCCCCAACGUCAACAAAAUGCAUACGCUGGAAACCAAAAUGGCCAGAAUGUAUAUUCAAUUCCACCACCAUAUUUAAUGCCAUCAACCGGUCAUACUGAUUCUGGAAUACAGAGUUUAGUUAGCAACAAGUUCUUCCAGACAAACAGACCACCACCUACUGCCAACGCGUGUGCAUACCAAUCAAUGGGGUACGGUCAGUUCCAAACAGUCGCACCUUACGGGUACACUUACCCACCAACACCCGUACAGCAGUGAUUCUCCAAUCUAAGAGGUAAAUUUAUCCAACUUUCCGUCAAGUAAGGAUCAAUUAUUAUCGUCAAUUGCGUUAUAAUAUUAUAAAAAAUACGCUUUGACAAAUUUAUUAUUAUUUUCUUUUUUUUUUUUUUUCUGUUCUUCAUAAAUCACCAAACGGGCUUUUUAAUGUUAAUUCAAUAUAUUUCCUUCGUCUAAUGUCUACAAUAAUCUUAAUUAUUUUAUUUUAAUAUCGAUAUAUAAAUAUAUAAAUAUCUAAUGCUAAUAACAAUAAUAUUAAUAAUUUUUUUGGUUGUUUGGUUACAUUGUUGGUACUUUUCUGGAAUGGUGCUCAUUGGCGACUACCUUUUAGCCUUCAGUAAUAACUAUAUAUAUAAUAACUUAAAUCAAAGUUAACACAUGACAAGUUAUCCAGUGAAUAAAUUUAUUAUAAAAGUAUUUAUUGUCUGAGGCCUACAUGUUAAAUUUCACGUUAAUUAAUUAUUAAAUAAUCAUUUAUUUUUCUCUGGUAAUUUUACACGUAUUUAUUAUUUUAAAAAGUACAAUUAAUCCCAUUACGCGGGGAUCAUUUAAUUAAAUAAUAAAAUUUAAAUUUAAAAUAAUAUUAAUAAAUGCGCCAAUAAUUUAAGGCACAUUCCAGUCGAGUCUUGACUUUAAAUGAUAGCUCGAUAGCGGUGGUAUGAUUAUAAUUAUUAUAAUAAUUACAUUAAUAUAUAUAUUAAUCGUAAACAAAAAAAAUAUUUGGUAAAUGACCACGAGUGUAGUUUUUAUUGAUGGUCAUUAAGAAUAUCCUAAUUAUAUUAUAUUAUAUUAUAUUGAUAAAUAGUAAUCUCUUUGCGGUAAUAAUGUAAAACUAUUAUCUGUAUGCUUUUCUGAAAUGCACGAAACGUAUAGAAGGGGGGUGGGUUAGGAUUAAUGAUUUAUAAUGUUUAUUUAUAACUUUGCGUAUAUGCUGAAGACAUUCUAUUAAAAAAAGUAAUUAAAGAAAAAAGAAUAAGAAGCGUAAGAAAAUAAAUAAGGCCUUUUGCAUAAAAAUUAAGCUCUGCGUCCAAUAAAAUAAACCAGUGGGAUUUUAGAUAUUAAUAAAUCUCUUUCCUCGAGACUGAUAGAUAAUACGUCUCGUUAAACGUCUUUCAAUGUCUUUAAAUCGCUUGAAAAGCACGAUUGACUUUUAUCAAAUAAAUAAAAAAUGAUAAGUGAGAAGGGCGCGUAGUUGCAUGGCUGUAAAGCUCGGUACCUUAUUUUUGUAUUAAAUAAUAAUGAAUAUAAAAAGAAAAAAAAGUAAUAAAAAUAAAAGUAAUUUGUUGUUAGACCAACGAAUUAUAAAUAUAAAGAGUAUGUUUGAUAUUUAUGCAACUGGCCACCAAAAGCUCCCAAUUUGCACGCCCUCGUGCAGGCACUUGCAGGCUGUGGCUGCCAAUUGUAAACCCAAUUGUACCUGUUUUAGUUGACGCGUCUAAAAAAAUUUAAUAAGUGUAAAAAUUUAAAAGAAGAAAAAAACAAAGGAUUGAUAAAUUGUUUUUUUUUCUUAUUUUUUAUUAUGUCAUCAUUUACGUUUAGUUGUUUUAUUACUACUCUGUGAGUCUAGGUUGUUUGUAAUGUAUCAUUAUUCUGUUAAAUAAGUCGCAUAAAAAUACUGUACUAAUAUCUACAUAUACUGCGAGGCUAACAAGCGUCAAACGCUAUUUUUAAUGGCUCGUGUAUAGGGCAGUUCCUUUUUCAGUCCAAGGCGACUAUUAGCCGAGUACUGAGUUUUUUAAUUAAUAUAUAAAUACAUAUAUAUAUAUAUAAAUUAAUAACAAACAAAUGAGGAUAAGAAACUGAUGGUUUAUCAUAACGAGGAUCCCUGCGACCAAUAAUUAAACAAAAUUAUUUACAUAUUAUUAUUAUUUAAAUGAUUAUUAUUAUUAUCAUUGCGAUCCUUCAUUAAAAUCAAGCGUCUGAUCGAUAACUUAUUGAUUGUUCAUUGUCUUUUUAUUUAAGCCACGUUCUGUUAUUGUGUAGUUUAUGUCAGGCCAUUUAUUAGUCUCUAUAAUAUAAUUAUAAAUAUAUAACUUCUAUACUAUUAUUAAUUAGUUAUUAUUAUUGUUAUUGUUAUUAUUACUUUUAGUUAAAAGUGGUCUUGAAUAUUUGAACGCACAGGUCAAUGUCGACACGUUGAGUCACAUUUGUAUUAAUUAUUAUUAGUAAUUAUUGAUUAAUUAUUAUUGAUAAUUGUCUUUUAAUCUGAACAAAAAGUAUUCAAUUGUAAUUGUCGUAUUUUUUACUUAAUUUGAAUUUUAGUUUCACUUUUUUCUCGUACAUGACAAUCGACAGGCGCUGAUAAAGUUAUUAAAAAUAAUAAUAAUAAUAAUGGAGGAUAAUAAAUAGAGAGUGAGUGAAAAAAAAAAUAAUAAAAGUAGAAAAGAGAAAGUUUACAAAUCGCAGUAAUAAAUGUAGGAGGCUGCCGUACAUUAGCGUAUUCUCUCUGUCGAAUUUCUGAUGGCACUGAAUAGUUUUUUUACUUUAGAGAAGAAAAAAAUAAAUAAAUAAAAAUAAAGUGAUUGAAUUAUUAAAAAUAAUUAUAAUAACAAUGAUAAUAUCAAAGUUUUUUAUAAGUAAUAUUAAUUAGUAAUUUAAUAAUAAAUAAAAAAAAUGUCAGUUGGAUAUCGAUGGAGAGUUUGCGCGUAGCUCUGUGAUAUGUAAAAUGUAGCGCACAGAAAAUAAAAAAAAUUCUGAUGUGCGACAUGGUUAUAAUAGGGAAACGUAUCUCAUCAAUUUUAUAUAUGUGGUAUACCAUAUCAUGUUAUCUCGAUGGGGAAUUUGCUGUCGACUGGUAAAAAAUAAACCAUACAAACAGAAAAAACAAAUAUAUUUAAUUAAUUAAAUAACUAAUUAAUUAAUUAAAUGAUAAAUAACACAGAAGUAAACGAACAUUUAAAAUAUUAUAAAAAUAAAUUAAGGCAGUUUAUGAGUCUCCCAAUAACAAUUGGUACUUUAUAAAUAAACCAAUUAUUAUUAAAGUUAUUUUAAAAUAAACAAAAUAAUUAUGCGUUCUAAAUAAGUGAUGAUGAGUAACUGAUAGCGCGAACGUGAGAGAGAAAGAGAGAACGAGGAUUAGAGCGAGCGAAAUAAUUAAAAAAAAUCAACUUAUAACAAAAAUAGUUAAUAGAAUAAACGGGGCAACGACAAGACCUCUGCUAACUGAUACUUUCUGAGUACUCCGACUGUGUUAGGUAUAUUAAGAAUAGCAAAUAAUUAUUUUUUCAAAAGUUAUUGAGUAAAAAACACUAAUGAGAUGUUUUUAAUAAAAUAAAAUAAAUAAUUAAAAAAAAAAUACAAAAAUUUAAAACGGCAGGUCGUACGUGUUAACAUGGUUUUUAAAAACAACACGCACACAAAAUACUUAGUGAUUGAUUGUUAGAAAAAAUAAUUAAUAGUAUUUUACACUACAAGGGAAGUAAAGUAAGAAAUGUCUCAGAUCACAUGUAAUUGUUGGCCGAGGCGAAGCCGAGGUCAACAAACAUGUGAUCUGAGGCUUUCUUAUUUACUUCCCGAGGAGUGUAUACUAUUUUUCUCCUCGACGGAGGCGGGAAGCGGCAACUUCGUUUUGCACAGCGGGACGAAAGUUGACGCUUUCCGCCCGGAGGUGAGAAAAAAAUAUUAUACGAUUUAAAACAAACGUGUCGCUAACUGUUGAGAAAGAUAGGCGUACUUGCAACAUUUUUUAACGCUUAGUAUUUUAUACAGUUAUAAAUCGUGAUUGCCAUUUAUUAUUAUAGUUAAUUUUUUUUUUAUUAAUUAAUUAAUAAAACGUUUAUUAUAAAUAAUUAAAUCUCAUCGUGCCAAGCGUAACUCGGUACAUUUUAAAGAACGGAGUCAUUUUUUUUCUUUUUUUUUUGUUAUUAAUUUUCAUCAAAAAUUUAUGAGUUAAUGAAUCAGACAUCAGACAAAUUUAAAAUUAUUAAUAGAGUAAAUAAUUAAUAAAAUUUUUAAAAAAUGCGCAUUUAAAAUUUUGAAAUUAAGUGCAUUUUUUAUAAAUAUUUUUUUAAUUAUUUUCUCUAUUUAUUUAUAAUUUUAAAUUUGACGUCUGCUACAUUGACACUCAUAAAGUUUAUAUUAUUUUUAUUUUAAUUUGUUUCGCGUUUUAACAAUCGCCAUUUUGGUAAUUUAUCAUACGCGUUAAUAUCGCGUGCGCCUCAGUAUAUAAUGCGGUAUUACCGUUGUUUUAUAAAUAAUUAUAAAUAAUGCUGAUCUAAUUAUAAUAAAAAUAAAAAUAAAUUUUGAUGAUUAACUGAAAGAAGAAAUAAUUAAAAAAAGAAUAAUAUAUUAAAUAAACUCGAGUACCUUAAAUUAUAACGCUGAGCGCUGUGAUAUCGCGUUUAUAAACGUUUCUUAUUAAUUAUAAUAAUUGUAAUAAUAAAACGUGAGUGUGCAUAAAUAACUUGUAAUAUUUAAAGAAAUAAUAAAAUAAUUAUCUCCUUUAUACAAGACUGAACUUUCGCCACGUUGUAACAAUUAACAAAUUGUAUAGGCAAUUGCGAUACACGUUUGUAUAACUGUCGAUACAUAUAUAUGUUUGUAUAUUAUUAAAAAAGAAAAAAAAAGAAA